AUGUCUUCAAUAGAGAAGGUACCAUCUUCAGAUUCAACACUAAAAGAUUAUGAUGAAGCUCUACGUUUCAUCCAAAACAAAAAAUCAUUAGAUCAUGAAAUCAUCUCAACAAAUCGUAAAAUGGAUUCAAAAUUAAUGUGGAAAAUUGAUUUAUACUUGAUUCCAAUAAUGUGUAUGAUUUAUUUCUUACAAUUUUUGGAUAAAGGUCUUAUAAAUUAUGCUGCCGUGAUGGGUAUCAAAAAAAAUUUAAAAGGUGAUGAAUUUUCCAACUUGGCUACAAUUUUUUAUGCUUCUUAUAUUGCAUUUGAACCUCUGAAUGCCUACUUAUUACAAAAAUUACCAUUGGCUAAAUUUUUAUCAUUUACUAUUAUAGCUUGGGGGAUUAUCGUUUCAUGUCAUGCUGCUUGUCAUACUUAUGCUUCAUUAAUGAUUGUUAGAACUUUAUUAGGUGCUUUUGAAGGUCCUGUUGCAGUUUGUUUGAUUUCAAUUUCUGGUAUGUAUUGGAAUCAUAAUCAACAAUUACGUCGUAUGGGUUGGUGGUCAAUUCAAGCAGGUACAGGUUCAAUAAUUGGUGGAUUACUUUCAUUUGCUUUCCAACAUGUUGAAAAUGCUUCAUUACAAUCAUGGCAAGUGUUUUUCCUUGUUAUUGGAUUAUUUACAUUUGUUUUUGGGAUUUUCACAUGGUUUUAUUUACCUGAUAAUCCAACAAAUGCAUGGUUUUUAACUGAAGAAGAAAAAAUGAUUGUUGUGGAACAUGUUAGAUCAAAUCAAACAGGUAUUGAAAAUAAAACUUAUAAAAAAAAUCAAAUUAAAGAACUAUUAUUUAAAGAUAAACAUACUUGGCCAAUGUUUUUUUUAACUAUAAUUUCACAAAUUUGUACUGGUGCUAUAGGUACUUUUUCUGUUCAAAUUAUUGCAACUUUUGGAUUCAAUAAUAAGAUAUCUGCAUUAGCUCAAAUGCCUUCAGGGGCUGCUACAAUAAUUUGUAUAUUAAUGGGUACUUAUAUCUGUGCAUAUUAUGGUCAUCGUACUUUGAUUUUCAUUUCCAUGAUUAUUCCAUCAAUUAUAGGUUAUAUUGUCUUGAUUUCCUCAAGGGAUCAAAUCGGAAAUCUACUUUCAAUUUAUUUAUUAUCACCAGGUUCUUGUGUUAUUACAUUAAUUUAUAGUUGGAAUAAUACAAAUACUGCAGGUUAUACCAAAAGAGUCGGAAGAAAUUGUAUGACAAUGAUUGCAUUUGCCGUGGGGUGUUUAAUUGGUCCUCAAUUGUUUAGAGAAUCGGAUUAUCCAAGAUAUAUACCUGCUAAAAUCACUUUAUUAGUUACAAUGGUUGUUUCUAUAUUUUUGGUAUUAGUUGUUGCUUUGAUUUCAAGAUUUGAAAAUAAAAAGAAGGAUAAAAUUAGUUCAAAAGAGUUAGAUUCAUUACCUGAAAAUUAUGAAUUUUUAGAUAUGACUGAUUUACAAAAUCCAAAUUUCCGUUAUGCUUUUUAA